CUUUUCAUUUCAUGUACUUGACACCGAAAAUAAUAAAUUAUUUUCACAACCUUUUUCCUUAAAAUUUCGUGAUUGAAUCAAUAAGCAAAUCGCGCAGUAAAAAGAUAUGCAUGCACACCUGACCACAAUCUAAUAAAGAAUUGAUUUCUAGAAUAUAUCCAAUGGCCAGUAUAGACGUCACAAAUAUCAGGAACUGAUGUCCAAUUUGCAAGUCUAUCAAAUUUUCCUCUCUGACUGGCCUAAGACUUUUGUGAGUGACUGCGUGAGCGGCAAUGGCUGAGCUCUAUUGAGUUAGCAAGACCUAUUUUUUUCGCAUGGUGGAUAAGUGAUUUUGCUUAUGUGUGUCGUCGCUUGCUUGGUGGUCGAACAACGUGACCAGGAAAGUUUCCGGAUCCGAGCUGCCACAGGAGCAGCUUAAGAUAUCAGGACGAUGUCGCGUCGCGUAUAUAAGGAACGCGACGCUGUUCCCGCCAUCACAACGCUACGGGACUUUAAAGAGCUAACACGUUCUUCAAGUUACACGCACAAGACAACUUAACUAUUACCUGCCAGUUUUGAACAGGCUGAAAAAUGUGUAACCGUGCAUUCGCGUCACUCUCGCUGAUUCUGCUGUUUGGCUCAUCUAUAGCAAUGCCAAGUAGCCCCAUCGCCCCUCGGAUGCUGCCGUCGCGCAUGGGUAUGCUACAGAUGCCCAAGUCCAUGUUGUUGCUGCGCUCGGACUUCAGGCCGCUGGACCCGCGUACCGCUGCGGAGCGCAUGGGGCGUACGGCGCUGCUGGAGACGCAGCUUGGCAAUGAGAUCAACUUUCUGGAAGGCAACGGCAUCAACGAGGAGGAACGUCUUCAACAUCUCAGAGCAAUCAAAGGAGGAAGGCUUCCUAAUACCAGCCUGACUUUGUCCGAGUGUCGGGAUUCGAUCGAGUGCCACCUUCUCUUCGCUCACUACCUAGGGCUGCUGCUCAGCGAGGUGCAAUGAGAAAACUUAUUAAAAAAUUGGUCGAUACUACUGCAUGAACUUUUAACUCAUGGCCCUUUAUAUGAAAGCCUAGUAGAGGAGGCUAUCGAAUACCCAAUCUCUAGUUGUAACGAAAUUAUAUUAGUCCGGCCGUUGAUAAUUUAGCCUUUGAUAUGGUCGCUCGAAAAGUGCUCGUAAAUUAGAAACAAGUUAGAAUUUGAUGUCAACGAGCGGGAACAAACUCUGAAAAAAUGUAUUUGUAAGAUUUAAAUUCCGGACAUUUUUUCGGCAAUAGGUAAAACACUUUGGGGGGAAAUUCGGUUUACUGUUUAAAUGGUACAAGUUGCAUCUCUCCAUGUGGCUUUUAUGAACGCUUAUUUGGUUGUUAUCCUGCUCGCUUCAGCUGUAAAAACUGAGAUGAAAUAGAUGAAUAAUCUAUAGAUUUUCAUAAGCGAGUUUGGAGAGGCUGCAAUAAAACAUGGUAUUUUUGUAGCUAAAAAGUACGAGAAUAAUUACAGGGAGAGGCAAUAAACUUUCUCUGUGCAUGUCGUCUUCCUUGUAAAUUUUAAAACGAAUUUUAAGUGGGAAAGUUAUUUUUCAUGA